AUUUUCCUUCGUGAGCCAAAUGUUCAAGUUCGUCGUCGCCAUAGUCGGACUGAUUGAGACUGCCUCUGCACACGAUCAUGGCGCCAUGAAUGCCGCCACGGCACUCCCAGGAGGCUCGAAGCAUUGCCCCAUAUGUAACAUGGAUGUGGUGAGCGACUGGUACAUCCAAAUGGCGCACGGACAACGAAUCUACUCGUGCAGUAUGAUCGACGGCUCCCAGUUCAAGUCUGGAGUUCGUGGUUUUUCGCACGCCUCGCUCGUUGGCGCGACGAUGAAAGACAUUUCGUCCAAUCCAUCCUGCGACAACUCGUGCCCUGACUGUGCCGCCGGUACCGUGCUGGAUCCCAUGUCGGGGGACGUUGUCUCUGAUCUGAAUUUCAAAUACCUUUGCCUGAAUCGCGGUCAAAAGGUGUACUUUGCCUCGGAGGCCACGAAACAACAGUUUGUUCAAGGGUCCUCGACCACGCCGUACUUUGGUGUGGACAAAGUCGUGUGUGGCGGUUCGCCUUGUCCCGACAGCUUUCAAAUCCCACCAGGCGUCCAAGCACCGUGGGCGGAACCGGCGCCGCCUUUCUGCACGGGGUCGUCCGUUAUGUUUUCGGGUUUCCAAACGUCCGCGGGUGGCACAUGUGUCAAGCUGUUCUUCCAGUCGUGGGUACUAGACACCCCCAUCAAGUACUUUUUCGGGCUCUUGGGGGUGUUUCUCUUGCCGUUGGUCAACGAGUACCUGGUCGUGUUCCGUGAAGACACGCGGAUGCACUACAUCAAGACCAAAGUGUCCAGUCGGUACCAAGGUGCGUGGACCAAGCCCGGCCGCAAGCUGGUGCUGACGCUGCUGUACAUGGGCCAGAUGACGCUCGCGUACUUGGCCAUGCUCGUAGUGAUGGUGUACGAUUCGUUUUUGUUUUUGGCGCUUAUCGCUGGCUUUGGGGUGGCGUUCGCGUGCUUCAAGAGCGACCGGAGCCUCGGCCUCAAGUCCACGGCCAUGAUGCGCGCCACGUGGCGCUUUGACGAGUCCGACUUUUUGACCGUCCUGAGCGUCGAAGGCAUGAUGUGCAUGCAGAAUUGCGGCAGCACGGUGCAGUCCGCCCUCGAGCAAGUGGAUGGUGUCAAGCACGUGUACGUUGGAUUCAGUGAAAAGUGCGCGUAUGUCUCGGGGUCGGCCCCCACGGAAGCGCUCGUGGCGGCUGUCGAGGCCAUCGGGUUUGAUGCCCGCGUGUUAAGACGACCGCGAGCCGAAUCGAAUGGAGCGACGGCGUAUGGGAGUAACUCGCACUUGGCGUAAAUGCCACUUGUUUGAGAUUGAUCAAUUGAUCGAUCGUUGUAGAGAACUCCGAGUGCUAGCGGAACCCAAAGCGGGUAGGCGCGCCGCAACUAACGUUAUCGAGGGAAUUUGGUUGCAUGUCUCGAAUACAACUGUACUAUCAUUGCGCCAUUUCCAACUCACCCCAACCUAUAACAUGCCUCCAC